AUGAUUUUAAAAAUAUUCAUCUUAUUGCUCAUCCACACCUUGAGUAUUUUAGCCAAUCCUUUAAAGAAUUCAGGUUCCUCGGAUAAAGCUAAAGACUUUUUGGUGACAGAAUUACCAGGUCUUUAUCAAAAUGUUCCAAAAGAUGAUAUACCCACCAUGUUUGCUGGCCAGUUGGAACUUUUUCUGGAGAAUAAUACUAAUUAUUUUUUUUGGAAAUUUAGCGAUCGUGAAAAGAUUCCAGAAGCUAAGAAAAGAACUAUUUUUUGGCUCAAUGGAGGUCCUGGAUGUAGCUCAAUGGAUGGAGCAUUAAUGGAGUCGGGUCCUUUUAGAAUAGAUAGACAUGGGGAAGUUAAGUUACUAGAUGGAUCAUGGCAUAAAGCUGGUGAUAUGGUAUUCGUGGAUCAACCAGCAGGUACUGGUUUUAGUUUCACUGAUGUGUUUCGUCAUGAUUUAGAUCAGAUUUCAUUAGAUUUCCUUAGAUUUCUCGAUAAAUACUUUGAAUUAUUCCCAGAAGAUAGACAAAACGAAAUUUUUUUCGCUGGUGAAAGUUACGCUGGUCAAUACAUUCCUUAUAUUGCAGAUGGUAUAUUGAAAUAUAAUAAAGCUCAUAACGAUAAGCCUUAUAACAUCAAAGGUUUAUUAAUAGGUAAUGGUUGGAUAUCUCCAAAUGAACAAAGUUUAUCUUACUUACCUUAUUCUGUUCAAGCAGGUAUUAUUAAAACCGAUAAUUCAAUGUGGUCAUCAAUUUUAUCACAACAUCAAAAAUGUCAAAAAAUCGUCGAUGAAAUUGAUUCUUUGACUGAUAAUCAAGUUCAUUUGGUUGAGGUUGAUUCAAGUGUAUGUGAAGAAAUUUUAAAUAUGAUUUUAAGUGCAACUCGGGAUCGUGACCAUCGUUCUCAAGAAUGUUUUAAUAUGUAUGAUUAUACUUUAAAAGAUACUUUUCCCUCGUGUGGUAUGAAUUGGCCCCCAGAUUUAAAUCAUGUUAAUCCAUUUUUAAAUAACGAACAAGUUCAAAAUGAUUUAAACUUAAAGAAAUCAAAACAAUGGAAAGAAUGUUCUGGUAAAGUUGGCCAUUAUUUCAAUGCUCAUCAUUCUUUACCAUCUAUACAUCUUUUCCCAAAUCUUUUAAAAGAAUUAAAUGUAAUGUUAUUCCAUGGUAAUCGUGACAUCAUUUGCAAUUAUAUGGGUGCAGAAAGUAUGAUUAAAAAAUUAACUUGGAAUGGUGAGACUGGAUUUGGCGAAGAAAGUGAAAAGCAAACAAUUGAUUGGAUUCAUCAUGGUAAAAACUCGGGUUAUAUUAAAACCGCUCGUAAUUUGACUUUUGUUAAUGUUUUCGAUUCAUCCCACAUGGUUCCUUUUGAUAUUCCUGAAACAUCAAGGGCCUUGAUUGAUCUAAUUACCGGCAAUUACGACGUUGUUGAUGAAAAGUCACAGGAUGAUUUGGUUAAACGUUCUUUCGUUACUUAUCCCUUGGGUGAAAGACAAGCUAAGUUACAAUCCAAACCAGAAGAUAAACCAGCAACCACAUCAACUUCAGUUGUAUCUUCUACGCCUUCAUCUACUACUUCAACUACUCCUAUUUCUAGUUCUUCUAAUAGUUCGGUUGCAUCCGAUCAAGCAGAUCAAACAAAAGAAUCACAUACAACUAGUCGUGUUACUAGACUCAUCCAAUUACUGGUGAUUGUUGUUUUAAUUUGGGGCAUGUGUGUUAUGUACAACUCUUAUCGCUCUCGUCCCUCAUCGAUUAUCAAAACCAGACCUUCUUCUGGUAGAAAGAAGAAUGUGCAAUGGGCCGACCAACUCAGGCAAUUCCAAGAAGAAGACGAUUUCCCUCUCCAUGAUAAUGAAAAUAGAGGGUUUUUAUCCAAAGCCUUUAGUAAAUUUAAGGGAAACUCUAAAGAUGGACGCGGUAGUUAUGCACCAGCUGGGACAUCCGAAGAUAUUGAACUAGGCGAAAACAUGUCUCGAAAAGACGAGGAUGCCGCUUCUGAGGGAAGAGAAGUUGAUGAUUUCAUAAUUGAAAGUGAAGAUGAAGACGAUCGUCACAUAAGCCUGUCGCAAGAUCGUUCAACAUAA